GGCCGCGCGCGCGGCUCUGAGCCAGCGCGACGGCUCACGAAGAGCUCGCAGCGCCGCCGGCCUCCUCAGUCCGUGGCCUGGCCCAAAUACUCGCGCGGCGUCAAACAGCGGCGCUGAAGCAAAAGCACGUUAAUAGCCGCUAGCUCAGCCGCGCGCGGCGCUUCGGUCCUGCGGGGCGGCUUCUGCGACUUCCGAGACGCCUGGGACGGCGACGGUGGCACUAUGCCGCCGCGCCGCAAGAAGUUCCAGGUCCCGCGCAAGACGACGUCGUCCGAGGCGCCGCCGCGCCGCGUCGUCACGCCGCCCGCGCCACCACCGGGCCGGCCGCGGUCGGCGGGGGCGCAAGCGCCAACACCAAACCGCGCCGCCUCGCGCCCGCUCACGGCGGAGCAGCAGGCCGCCGUCGACGCGCCAUUAACCGAACCGCUCGCGAUCGUCGCCGGCGCGGGCUCCGGCAAGACCGAAACGUUGACGCGACGGGUCGCGCGGGCCGUCGCCGAGGGGGCCCGGCCGGCUUCGGUACUGGUGCUCACCUUCUCGAACAAGGCCGCGCGCGAAUUAUUAGAAAGACUGCGCGGGUUGAAUUGUGGCGGCGUCGAGGUGCGGACGUUCCACGGCUUCUCGCUGCGAUUGUUGCGACGAUUUGGGGAUGAGGCCAAUUUAGGGAGAGAUUUCGUCAUCCUGGGCGACAGCCAACAGAAAGCUCUCGUGAAGAAGUGCUGCCAGGAAAUUACGCGCGACGAGGACGAGAACGAUGUGAGGAGGGCGUGGGCGCUGAUCAAGCGGGCGCGGUCGCGAGGCGUCUCGUCAAACGAUCUCGAUGGUAGUGUCGGCGCGAUCUUCCGCUUGUAUCGUUUGAAGUUAAGAGCCAUGCGCGCCGUCGACUUCGACGACGUCGUCGAUGCGGCGGCGUUUGCGUGCUCGCAGCAAGGUAGAUGCGGCGCCUUCGUGCGGUCGCGUUAUACUCAAGGUUUUGUCGACGAGUGGCAAGAUACAUCGAGGAACCAACUCGCGUUACUGGCGUCGAUUUUUGCUGGGGAUAGAGCUCCCUUGACAGUGGUCGGUGACGACGACCAAGCCAUCUAUGGUUGGAGGGAUGCAUUACCGGCGGCCUUCGACGCGUUCCGGCGGGUGUUUGAAGGUGCAUCCGUGCUACCGCUCACGAGAAACUACCGGAGCGGCGGCCACGUCGUCGCCGCGGCGCGCGCCGUCGUCCGCAAGGUCGCUGGGAGGGUCGACAAGGACCUCUGGACGGCGCGGAGCGACGGCGAGCCCGUGGCUGUCUUGAGAGUCGAGGGCGGCCCCCAGGCCGAGGCUCGCGUCGUCGCGCGGCGCAUCCAGCGGUUGCUAUCAAAGUGUCGACCGAAGGAUGUAGCGGUGCUGUGUCGGAGCGCGUCUCCCGCAUUACGACUGGUCGAGAAGCGGCUUACUGAACUACACAUCAAGUGUAGGGUGGUGGGCGGGCAGCGCUUCUUCGAGCGGCCGGUCGUGCACGCGGCGCUGAGUUAUUUGAGGUUGGCGCGGAAUGAAUUGGAUGACGCCGCGGCCGAGACCGUUUUAUUACAGAGACCCGGCCUCGGGCCGAAGACGCUCGAUAGGAUACGGUCGGACUUGCCGUUGCUUGGGGCGUGUAGAGCGGCCCUCGAAAGUUCACUGAAUGAAAAGACGCGGACGGCGAUCAACGACGUGCUCUCGGCCUUAGAUCGCAUCCACGACACGCUGCACACGUCGCCGCGGCCCCUUCGAAGCGCAUUGAAGCUCCUCGAUCCGCUUAUCAUCCCUCCGGCCCAGGAACCGGGCGACGAGGGCGUGGAUGGUGAGAAGGCCAAGAAGCGGCGCGGCGAGCGCGCCGUCGCGGUAGAUUUACUAGAACAACUACGACGCCUCGCGGCGCAGAAGGAGGACGAGUCGACCGAAAAUGAAGGCCCAUCGUUACUACGCGAGUUCCUCGACACUUGUGCCUUGGACGCGGGUGAUGGUGAUGAUGAUAGUGACGAGGUGUCGCUGACGACGAUCCACCGGGCCAAGGGUCUCGAGUGGCCCCACGUCCUGCUCGUGCGGGCGAACGACGGCGUGCUGCCGGCGUCGGCGCGCGCGAGCGACGCCGCGGACGGCUGCGACGCCAAGGCCGCGCGGGCGCUGGCGCCGCGCGACGACGCGAAGCGGCUCGAGGAGGAAAGGAGGUUGUUUCACGUCGCGAUCACGCGCGCGCGCGAGUCGUUUGUGGUCACGCACGCGACGCGGGAAUUGGAGGGCGACGGCGAGGCGCGGCCGUCGCCGUUCUUAAAGGACCUGCCGGCGGCGUGCGUGCGCCGCGAGACCGUUUCUUCUGAAACGGCGUCGCCGCCGCCGCCGCCGCGACGCCCCGGGCCGCCGUUGAAAGGGCCGCCCGUGCCGUCCUUCCAGACGGCCGCCUCCAUCACGGCCGCCGCGCCGGCCCCGGCGCCGCCGCCGCCGCCGCCUCCCGAACCGACGCCGCCGCCGCGCGUCCGGUGCCGCGUGCACCGCGUGGCCUGCGUCCGCCGCGAGGACGGCUCGCACGUGUGCGCGCUGCCGGCCGAGCUCGCCUGCGGCUUUGUGCUCGGUCCUGGGGAGACGGCGCCCGACCCGGUGCUUUAUCCGGCGUCCUUGUCUUCGCGUGGGUAUCGAAGCCAUCACCAUUGUCACACGCAGGCGCGGGGCCGCAUCACGACCUUCUUCCAGCCGCGCGUGCCCCCGGCCACGCCAUCUGCGCCUCCGCCGCGACAGUCGCUGCUGUCGCCGGCCACGACGACGUCGCGCGGGUCCGCCUCGGCGUUCCUGCCGCCGGCCCCGUCGCCGGCCGCGGCGUUCCCGGAGGCCGCGGCGUCGCCGUUGCCGGCGCCCGAGCCGCCGUCGACACAGGACUUCGUCGACUGCCUCGACGACUUCGAGGCGCGGCAAAGCGCCGCCGACGCCGCGUCGGACGACGACGGGGACCUGACGCAGCCCUACGUGCCGCCGAGCUCCGCCGCGUUCGAGUUGCGCCCCGCGCCGGCCGGGCAUCUCUGCCCCCACGGGAACGGGCCCGGCUGCGCCGGGUGCGCGGCGCGGCAGCGGGGCGACGCCGUCGUGGCCGCCCCGGCGCCGCGCCGGCGGUCCUUCGCCUGCCGCGACGUGAACGAUCGCGACGUGAACGCGGCGCCGCCGCCCGUCGUGGCCAAGGCCGCGCCGCCCGCGCCCGCGCUGCCGCCUCGGCCAGCCGAGCCGCCGGCACCAGCCGAGCCGGUCGCGCCGCCCGCGCCGUCUCCUGCGCCGCCACUACCCGUCGAACCGCCUCGGCCACUCGAGUCGCCGCCACAGGCGGAGCCCGCCGAGCCGCCCGCGCCUGCGCGAGUCGAGCGGCCGGCACAGGCCGAGUCGCCCGCACCAGCUGGCGCCGCGGCGCCAGUCGAGCCACCCGCCGACGACGCCUGGGCCCCGCACCGGAAGGCCGCGCGGGAGGGCGGCUUCUACGAGGUCUGUCCGGACUUCGACGCGCAGCUCCAGUUCGCCCUCGACAACGCCCAGGAGGGCGACCUCGACGGCAUGGAGGCCGCGGCCGCCGCGACCACGGACGCGCGCGAGCGGGCCGUCUACGCCUACAUCGUCGCCGCCGUGCGCGCGCUGGCCGUACCCGCGGAGCCGGCCGCGCCAGCCGCGCCGCCGCUACCCAUCGAUCCACCGGCGGAGCCCGCCGAGCCGCCGGCACCGCUCGCCGCUCCCGCCGAGGAAGCGCCGGCGCCCGUGCCGCCGUCGCCGCCGCCCGAGUGCGCCAUCUGCCUCGGGGAGAUCGACGACGGGGCCCAGGUCCUCCGGUGCGGCCACACGUUCCACUCCGAGUGCAUCGGCGAGCUGGCGGACCAUGCGCCUAUGGCGGCGCCGACGCGGCGGUCGCUCCAGGUGUCCUGCCCGCUCUGUCGAAACGUGGCGCGCGAACCGGCGCCCGCCCCAAAAGAAGACGACGAGGCCGACCUCAUCUGCCGGCCGCGGAAGGUGCCGAAGAAGCGGCGGCGCCGCGCGCCCAAGCCGCCGCCCGAGCCGCCGGGCGCGAAAAAGAAGCGCGCCCACGAGAAGAUCGCGCCCUACCGGAACGACUUCUGGGCGCACCUCAACGGUGCCAUCGAGAAGAAGAAGAGUCAAAAGCCGCGGAAGAAGAAGAAACCGGACCUCGUCCCGGGCCAGACCUUCCUCAACUUCGCGCCGCGGCCACCGCCGCCGCCGGGCCCGCCGCCGCCCGAGGACUCGCCGCCGCCGCCGCCGCCGCCGGAGGUAAUCGACGUCGACGCGGACCUGACGCAAGACUGA